AGAGAGAGUAAACUAAAGAAGAGUCAAACUCUUUAAUCUUGUGUUCUUAUUGCUGUUUUGUUUUUAGAAUCAUUUUCCUCAAUCAAAAUCAAAAUCCAAAUCUCAAUUCAACCCAAUUUCCCCAAUUUGCAAAAAACCCCUAAAUUAGCGCGUUAUAAUUAUCAUACCCACGAAUCAUCGUUCCGAUAUCCUCAACCCUUUAUCUGGGUUGUUCUUUCUUUCUCGUGAUUGGUAAAACAAGACAGUAGAGUAGUCGGAAUUGGUGAGUUUGGUGAAGGUAAAAGUGGUUGAAGCGUACAAAAUGGGAGGGGUUUGUACCGGCGGGACGCUGAAGCGGAGCACCGCGGCGGAGUAUGGCAGUGAUAAGCGUGGUUUUGGGUUUUCAGGAAAGUUGAAAUCUGUCACGAGUUUUGGUCACCAGAUGAAGGAAGAUGAUUAUGAUGAUGGUCAUGAUGAUUCAGCUUUAUCUUCCUCUUAUGUACAUGAUGAUGAUGUUUAUCACAGGAGGAUGGCGUCUUAUGAUUCUGGUGAACUGUUCUUUUCCAUUUCAAGAGAAUUGAAACCCUCUACCCCUGCUAGGGUUGGGGCUGGCAAGGUACCUCAUGUGAGCACAUUUUUUGGAAAAGCUGGUAAUGUGGGUCUUGAAGUUCUAGACACGCUUGGCAGUAGCAUGACAAAUUUGAAUCCUAACAGUGGAUUCGUAUCCAAUAUGGCUUCAAGGGGAAAUAAAGUAUCUAUUCUCGCAUUUGAAGUAGCUAAUACCAUUGUCAAGGGAUCCAAUUUGAUGCAAUCCCUGUCUGAAGAAAGCAUCCAGAUCCUGAAGAAAGAAAUUUUGCAUUCAGAAGGUGUGCAACUUUUAGUUUCUACAGAUACUAAGGAGUUGUUAAGUAUUGCAGCUGCUGACAAGAGGGAGGAACUUGAUGUAUUCUCCAGAGAGGUUGUCAGGUUUGGAGAUAUGUGCAAGGAUCCACAAUGGCAUAAUUUGGAUCGUUUUUUCUCCAGAUUGGACUUGGAUCUGGUAGCAAACAAACAACUUAGAGAGGAGGCGGAAAUCACUAUGCAAGAACUGACCAAUUUUGCUCAGUAUACUUCUGAAUUAUACCAUGAGUAUCAUGCUUUAGACAGAUUUGAACAAGAUUACCGACGUAAGCUUGAGGAAGUGGACGCCUUGCAUCUUCCUCGAAAAGGAGAGAGCCUCACAAUCUUACAUAGUGAUGUGAAGCAUCAAAGAAAACUCGUGAGGAACUUGAAAAGGAAAUCUCUUUGGUCUAAAAGUUUGGAAGAGGUUGUGGAGAAGCUUGUAGAUGUUGUCACCUUCAUCCAUCAAGCGAUUGUGGAGGCUUUUGAAGAGAAUGUGCCAAGUUCAACGAUGAAUGGUAAGGAGGCUCAUAAAAAGCGUGAGACGCUAGGUGCUGCAGGUCUUGCUUUACACUAUGCUAACUUAGUUACUCAAAUGGACAACAUUGCAUCUCGCCCCAUCUCGCUACCUCCUAACAUGAGGGACAAUUUAUAUAAUGGCUUGCCAGCAAAUGUCAAGGCAGCGUUACGUUCUCGUGUACAAGCACUCGACUCCAAAGAAGUGAUGACAAUGCCUCAAAUUAAGGCAGAAAUGGAAAAAACCCUCCAAUGGCUGGUUCCAGUAGCUACAGAUACUACCAAAGCGCAUCAAGGUUUUGGAUGGGUCGGGGAAUGGGCAAACACAGGUAACGAGUUUGGAAAGAAGACAGCAGGGAGUAACAGUAUAAUUCGGCUGCAGACACUUUAUCAUGCUGAUAAACAGAAAAUGGACCGAUACAUUCUUGAUUUGAUCAUGUGGCUUCACCGUCUAAUAAGCCUAGUCAGAUUCAGAGAUAAGGUUCCGAAAUACAUUCCUUCUCGAUCUCCUCCUACUAUUACCAAUAAUAAUAACGGGUUGAAAACGUAUGGCAAAGUCCAAAGGGUUCAAAUCUCUUUGGAAGAUCGGAAUCUUCUGGAAGAGGUGAUGAAGCGGAGAAUGUUGGUUCCUGGAAUAAGCAAAAGUCAAGAAAUAGUGGUGGUGAAGAAGAAGAGAGGACAGGUUUUCGCGUCGAGUCGAAGCAUGGGAAGUUCUCCAAGAAGGGAAUCAGGAGGAUACACAAAUGCAAACAUGUUGGAUAUGUUGGAUGGAUUAGGUACAGGUUUUUAAGCUGUUGGUACAUAUUGUUGAAGCAUGGGAAGCUAAAAGCUCUGGUCUCCCAGGAAGUAAGCAACUCAACUGGGAUGUACAAAGCAAGAUAUAUGCAGCAGUUGGAUACACAACAUUUUGAGCUGUUGGUACACAUCCAAUGCCAUUGUUAUCAUGCAUUCCUGGGGUAUAUGUAUAUAUAUACACAUGAUAUAUAUCAUUUUUACAUAUGAGGUGGGUGUAGUAGAUUAUAAGAGAUUUCUGUCAAGUCUUGAUUUAUUCAUGUUUUUGGCCACACAAAUGAUUCAAAUUGGUAUUGUCCCCAUUUUCCAUGGGUUGGAUAUUCAUAAAUAUAUAAUUGAUAUAAUUUCA